AUGGAUCAGAGGAACGUGUAUGCUAUACCAGAACUAGACCCAACUGACAACGACGUCAACAACGUCACUGACCAACGGUUGGAAUCUUCCAUGGAAAAUGAUGCAGAAACACUUCAAGAUACAAAUGUUAUACAAGAACCUGAUCUUCCGCAAUAUGAAGUUCUAGUGGGCCCGAACAACAAAAGUGAUGAGGAGGAGGAUUAG